AUGCAGCAUCAAGCGCUCCUGGCAAGCCUAGCGCUCAUGUGCCUGGCAUCUCCUGUAGACGCCUUCCUCCCUCUCUCUGCCUUGCCGCACGUGAGGGGCAUGCAGGGCACGAGGGCAACGACUUGCCAGCCGAAGUUGCGCAUGUCGGGGAAGGUGGAGGAGCAAGUGAAGGUGGACUUGGCGAGCUACGGGAAGGAGGAGUUUCUGAGGCAGAUGACCUCCUCUCGUACUCCCGCGCCGACGAAGAAGAGCUUGAUCGAGGCGUUGAGGAGGAUGAGGGAGUCGAGCGAGGAUCAGUACAUGACGUUCCUCAAGGAGCUGCUGGUGGAGAUCGAUGGAGUGCAAGACGUCAAGUUCGCUAUGACACGAUGGCCGAUACCCCUUCCUUCCUACCGCACGAAGCUCGGGUGCUUGAAUAGGAUGAUAACGAAGAUGAACGAGGAGUCGCAGUCGACGAGGGAGAGGUCGCUCGCGGUGAUCCUGAGGCAACUGAUGGACAAGGGAGCAUGGUUCCUUGAGCUGGAGGCGAUCGAGCGAUCCGGCAAGGAAGCCACCAUGGAGGAGAUGCUUUCCCGCACCCCUGAGGGCCUUGAGACUCCUGCCUACGACGUGCUCGCGAGCAGAAGCUCGUGGGAGGUCAGGCAGUACGAAGAGUUCACCGUCUGCUCCACCAACAUGAGCCCAGCUGAAGGGUUCAGAGGGUUCAACGCUCUUGCCAACUACAUCUUCGGGGGGAACCAGUUUCCUCCUGUGUUUGCUACACCAUCAACAACGACACUGUCUCACGUGUGA